GUCCUCUCUAUGGCAGCGUCGCUUCCGGUGGCGGGAGCCGGGGCUGCGCACGCGGGAAAAGAUCCUGAUCCCGGAUCCCCCGAGCCCGGCCCCCCCCCCCGCCGAGCCCGCCCGAGCACCCCCGUGUCCAUAUUCAUGCCCCCUGGAGGAACCCGAGAUUGAGGAGAUCCCAGUAGGCUUCGACUGGCGCAGGUCCACCUUCCUGGGGCUUUCUGUUGAGUUUUCUGUCCUCUGGUGCUCGGGCCAGUGGGGGCCAGGUCAGCAUGGCAGAGACUCUGGAAUUCAAUGAUAUCUACCAGGAGGUGAAAGGUUCUAUGAAUGAUGGUCGUCUUCGGUUGAGCCGCCAAGGUAUAAUCUUCAAGAAUAGUAAGACGGGCAAAGUGGACAACAUUCAGGCUGGGGAGCUGACUGAGGGCAUCUGGCGACGGGUGGCUCUGGGCCAUGGCCUCAAGCUUCUUACUAAGAAUGGACACUUCUAUAAGUAUGAUGGCUUCCGGGAAUCGGAGUUUGAGAAACUCUCAGAUUUCUUCAAAUCACACUAUCGUUUGGAGUUGGUAGAGAAGGACCUGUGUGUGAAGGGCUGGAAUUGGGGCACAGUAAAGUUUGGUGGGCAGCUCCUGUCUUUUGAUAUUGGUGAGCAGCCAGUCUUUGAAAUCCCUCUCAGUAACGUGUCCCAGUGCACCACAGGCAAGAAUGAGGUGACACUAGAAUUUCACCAGAACGAUGAUGCAGAGGUCUCCCUGAUGGAGGUGCGCUUCUACGUGCCGCCCACUCAGGAAGAUGGUGUUGACCCUGUCGAGGCUUUUGCCCAGAAUGUUCUGUCUAAGGCAGAUGUGAUCCAGGCCACUGGAGAUGCCAUCUGUAUCUUCCGGGAGCUGCAGUGUUUGACACCCCGAGGUCGUUAUGACAUCCGCAUCUACCCCACCUUUCUGCACCUCCAUGGCAAGACCUUUGAUUACAAAAUCCCAUAUACUACCGUGUUACGACUUUUCCUACUACCUCACAAGGACCAGCGCCAGAUGUUCUUUGUGAUCAGCCUAGAUCCGCCCAUCAAGCAGGGCCAGACCCGUUAUCACUUCCUGAUCCUUCUCUUUUCCAAGGAUGAGGACAUCUCACUGACCCUCAACAUGAAUGAGGAUGAGGUGGAGAAGCGUUUUGAGGGUCGUCUUACCAAGAACAUGUCUGGAUCCCUCUAUGAAAUGGUCAGCCGCGUCAUGAAAGCCUUAGUGAACCGCAAGAUCACAGUGCCCGGCAACUUCCAGGGGCACUCAGGGGCCCAGUGCAUCACCUGUUCCUACAAGGCCAGCUCAGGAUUGCUGUACCCACUGGAGCGGGGCUUCAUCUAUGUACAUAAGCCACCUGUACACAUCCGAUUUGAUGAAAUCUCCUUUGUCAAUUUUGCCCGUGGCACUACCACUACUCGCUCCUUCGACUUUGAAAUUGAGACAAAGCAAGGUACACAGUAUACCUUCAGCAGUAUUGAGAGGGAGGAGUAUGGAAAGCUGUUUGAUUUUGUGAACGCCAAGAAACUCAACAUCAAAAACCGAGGAUUGAAGGAGGGCAUUAAUCCGAGCUAUGAUGAGUAUGCUGACUCAGAUGAAGAUCAGCAUGAUGCCUACCUUGAGCGGAUGAAGGAAGAGGGCAAGAUCCGUGAGGAGAAUGCCAAUGACAGCAGUGAUGACUCUGGAGAUGAGACUGAUGAGUCAUUCAACCCUGGGGAUGAGGAGGAUGAUGUUGCAGAGGAGUUUGACAGCAAUGCCUCUGCCAGCUCCUCCAGUAAUGAGGGUGACAGUGACAGGGAUGAAAAGAAGAAGAAACUGGCCAAGAAAGCUAAGAUUGUCAAGGAACGAAAAUCCCGGAAGAAGCCUGUGGAGGGUAAGAAAGGCAAAGAUCCUAAUGCCCCGAAGAGGCCCAUGUCUGCCUACAUGUUGUGGCUUAAUGCUAGUCGGGAAAAGAUCAAGUCAGACCACCCGGGAAUCAGCAUCACUGAUCUCUCUAAGAAAGCAGGAGAGAUCUGGAAGGGGAUGAGCAAAGAGAAGAAAGAGGAAUGGGACCGAAAGGCUGAAGAGGCUAAGAGGGAAUAUGAGAAGGCCAUGAAGGAAUACAGUGAAGGGGGCCGAGCUGAGUCUUCUUACAGGAAGGAUAAGUCAAAGAAGAAGAAGAAAGGAAAGGUGAAGGUGGAGAAAAAAUCCACACCUUCCAAAGGCUCUUCCAAGUCUUCAUCCAAACAGCUGAGUGAGAGCUUCAAGAGCAGAGAAUUUGUGUCAAGUGAUGAGAGUUCUUCAGGCGAGAACAAGAGCAAAAAGAAGAGGAGGAGGAGUGAGGAUUCUGAAGAAGAGGAAGAACUGGCCAGCACACCUCCCAGCUCGGAAGAAUCAGGAUCCGGGUCCGAUGAGGAGUAGAGAAGCAGCAGCGUCUUCUCUGCUGUCCCUGUCACUCUCCCAACUCCCCGUCUACAGUUUCCAUCCAUACCCUGUUACCAGCAGCCCCUAAACUGAGAAAUAAUCCCUGGACUCAGCUCGCAGUGUAGCCCUCCUGGAUUUAUGGACUGGAGUGACUGGGCAGGGAGGGUUUAUCCUCCGUACUGCUUCACAGGGAUGGCACAGUUGAAUUUGGGAAGAAGGUGAAGGUUGGAGCACAGGUUAUAUGGGAUCUUGACCCAAGCUCUCCUCUCCAUGGUACUGCCAGCUGAUCCCUUCUCUGUCCCUUGACAACUCACAGGAAGCUGCAGCAGGGGCCACACACAGGGUCAGCCUUGUAGCCCCUUGCUGGGGCCUAUUUCUAUUUUUAUUUUGUAUUUCUGGUCAGUGGAAGUCACAAACAAAAGAUUUAAUAAAGCAAAGUGACUAGCAGCCGUGCUCAAAUGGACCUCCUCCACACUGUUGGUCCUCUUGCCUAGGCAUACUGCUAUUUUCAGUUUAAGCAGCAAGCUUGCUCCCUGGCUCCCUGUUGGUUAGGUGGGUACACCAUGGCCGGGAAUCCAGUCUUCAGGUACAUUCCUUUUCAUUCCCGUCUGAGUGAUUGUUUUCACCCCCUGCUCCCAGGAUGAACCACCUGAGAUUUGGGAAGUGGCCACUGAUCUGAUUAGGAAAGAUUCCCAAGCCAUCCUGCUCCAUUAUCUAGGCUGUAUUUGAGCUCUUGUCUCCAUACAUAAUCACCUGUGAGCCACUGAGGUCUCUAGGCAUGGGAUAAUUAAAUCAGGAUUGAGUGGCCUCCUGUAACCUGGGUCGAAGACACCCAAUCCUGAAGAGGUGUACAGAAUGGUACAGAACCAUUAUGAGAGAGUGAGGAUGUAGAAUCUGAUAUUCGGGAGGGCUGAUGGGCCUCUUCGUGUCGUGUCCUUGUAUUGAAUCUGAGUCCUGCCUCUAGUGCAUUCUGGUUGUGUGACCCUUGGCUAAGUCAGUGAACUUAAGGGCUCCAGGCAAGUCUUAAAACUACAGUGCUGAUUUUAUUGGUGGAGGGAGUUCUCUCCUUGAGAAUUAAUUCCCUUUACCAAUGAAAUACUCACCAGGCGCGGGUGCAUUGAACCUGGUCAUGGAACUCCUCAUUUGAGUGUGGCUACAAGAUUUAGAUCUUUAAAUGGUUAUAUCA